AUUUCAUCAUUCGUUGUGAAUAACUUGAUGUGGAUUCUAAUGGACUUGUAUGAGCUUUUUCGAAAUUAUAUGCUUAGAACCGAAGCUUAUAGGUUAAUUUUUGCAACUAUACCUUUGACUAUUGGAUCUUUGUUUGUCAUUUUCCUAGCAAUUUGCUGCCAAAAUAUUGAAAUCAUGAUGACAAAAAUCAUAACAAAGCUCAAUGAGAUAGAUGAUAAAAUUCUCAAUUGCAAAGAAUGUCAAGACGCAGCAAAGUCUCUUUACAAUCAAAUUAUUUUUCAACCUAUAAACAUAAUUGGUCCGGGGAAUAAGAAAAUUACCAAAAUUUACAUCAUUAACGUCAUGAAGUCACUUCUUUCAUACAUAACACUUUUAAUUCAAUUUCAGAAAAAGUUCAAACCUAAAUUUAAAAAAAAAAACAAUUUUCAAGUUAAUUCGCAACAAAAAAGUUGAAAAUG